AUGUCUACGGGUAACCCCCUGCCGAAGGUGAAAAAGAUUCACCUACUGAGUCGCUAUUCCGACGACACUGAUAGACUCGCCAGCUUAAAGUGCGAGGAUCCUAUUAAACUUCCAGUCCUCAGCCCGAAUGGUCCGGUCAACAAGUUGUACUCAGUUAUCCUCUCAAGAUACGUACAUGAGGAAUUCCAAACAGACUAUAUGAUACGACACGAUCCUAUCCAUUACGAACAUCGGUACACGGUUUGGCUCGGUAUUGACUUGGAUAGCUUUGGAUCAAUCGAUGCUCCAGCUAAAUUUUUCCAAGUGCUGGAGAAGUCCCUUUUGGCGGAACGUAUGGUCUUACAGGAGAAUCCACCGCCUGUGAUUAUUGAGCGUACACUAUGGCCUACGUCGAUUAGGCGUGGACUAUGGAUGGUGAUGUAUGGGUAUUUCGGGAAUUGGUAUGAGUCAGAAGGGAAAAAAAUGGGCAAUAUUGGCUGCAAAGAGGCGAACGCGCCUCCUGAAGAGGCUUUGGGAGCGAGGGGAUGUACAGCUUGUCAAUGA